AUGUCGCAUCUUUCUUCAAGCCAUCUAAGGAUUGCGUUGAAAUAUUUGAACAAGGAUGAUUCGAUAAACGUCACAGCAGGCUACCUUAAUCGGACCGGUGAACACCCCAAAGGGGGAGUGUUUAAAUCGAGUCUUCAUUUUCCGCCUGAUUACCCAAAUAAUCCCCCAAAGGUUUUUUUCGUCACAAAAAUUUGCCACCCAAACAUAUCAGAUAGAGGAGGCAUUUACCUAAGAGUGUUGAGGGCUAUCUAUUGGCAAGCCAUGCCGAUUACUUUGUUCUUCAAGGGAUUAGUGGAGAAGUUGAUUGAACCAGAUGUUGAUGAUGAGGAGCAGGUCAAUGAAAAUCUUGCCAACCUUUACAAAUCUGAUAGGAUAAGGUUUGAAGCAAUGGCUAGAGAGAUGACAAACCAAUACGCUGGGAGAGGAAACUGA